UCUCUCCGGACUGUGCGCCCUCACUGCGCCAUGGCCACCGACACAUGCGCCUCCGCUCACCUCCUCAUGGACUACGAGUCGCAGCUCUUCCCUUACACCGGCGGCUACGGACGCUACAACCGCGUCGUGGUCGUGUUCAGCUGGCUGCCCAACUUCGCGGUCAUGCUGAACCUCUUCAGCGACGUCUUCUUCACGCUGCUCCCGGACUCGUACCACUGCAAGCCGGACCCGCUGCUGCUGCCCUCCACCUUCCUCCUCAGCAACUUCUCCAGGCAGCGCUACUUCAACCUCACCAUCCCCUGGGUGAACGGCUCCGGCCUCAGCCACUGUGAGCUCUUCAAGUACCCGGCCAACACGUCGGAGCUCGCCGACACCGUGCCCAGGGAGAGGGUGUCCUGCACCCAGGGGUGGGAGUACAGCAGCUCAGCGGGGCUCCAGAGCAACUUUGUCACCGAGUGGAACCUGGUUUGCAGCAACUACUGGAAAAUCCCUUUGCAGCACAUCUGUUUCAUGACAGGGUGGAUUCUGGGAUACAUCUUCAUCGGUACAUUAUGUGACUGGUUGGGUCGUCGGCGAGGUUUCCUCCUCUCCAUCGUUCUGUCCAGUCUGCUGGGGGUCGCCGUGUGUUUGUCCAGCAGCGCUGUGGUGUUCCUGCUGCUGCGUCUGGCUCAAGGCGUCAUGCUCGCCGGGGUGCUCGUGUCCUCGUACAUCGCCAGGCUGGAGCUGUGUGAUCCUCCUCACCGGCUCAUGGUUGCCAUGGUCAGUGGCUUCUUUGCCGUGUUUGCCGAGCUGCUGUUGCCGUGUCUCGUUCUGUUGUGCCGAGAUUGGCCCAUUUUGCAGGCUGUGAUCACGCUGCCUCUGCUCCUGCUGCUUUCCUAUUGGUGCUGUGAGUCCGUGUUUCCUGAGUCUCCUCGCUGGCUGCUGGCCACCGCUCAGAUCCCUCAGCUGAAGAGGAGCCUCCAGGAGUUCUCCACCAGAAAUGAUGUUUGUCUGCAAGAUGACAUCUACCCCGGUGAAACUCUCCUGUCAGAGAUAGAUUCAACAUAUGGAGACGAGUGUCGACCGAGCUACCACUCGGUUCUGGAGCUGCGCGGGUCUCGUGUGAUCUGGAAGAACUGCCUCAUCCUCAGCUUCACUCUGUUUAUUGGAACAGGCAUUCAGUACUGUUUCACCAGAAACCUGCACCGUUACUCCACCAACUUCUACUUCAGCUACUUUCUCCGGGUCAUCACCGGAGCGAUGGCCUGCAUCUUCAUCUGUUUGUCUGUCAAUCGCUUCGGGCGCCGUGGGAUUCUCCUGCUGUCCGCUAUCAUCACUGGGCUGUCGUCCCUGCUGCUGCUGGCCCUCACUCAGUACCUGCGUGGAGGCCUGGUGCUGGUGCUCUCUGUCGUGGGCCUGCUGUUCUCUCAGGCUCUCGCUAUGCUCAGUGUGUUCUUCGCCUCUGAGGUGAUGCCCACUGUCAUUCGAGGUGGAUGCCUCGGCCUGGUUCUGGCAGCAGGUUGUGUCGGCAUGGCCGCCUCCUCCCUGAUGGAGCUCCAGAACAACAGCGGCUACUUCCUCCACCAUGUCAUUUUUGCCUCCUUCGCCGUCCUCUCCGUCCUCUCCAUUAUGCUGCUUCCAGAAAGCAAACGCAAGCCGCUCCCUGACUCCCUGAAGCAGGGCGAGAACCAGCGGCGACCUCCGCUCUUCCUGGCCCGGCCCGACCGGGACAACCUGCCUCUGCUGUGCAGCCGGCCCCCUCUGGCGUCUUACAACCCAGACAACUACUCCCGCUUGUUUUCAGCCACCAGGAAGAUGUUGACUAAACAGGAUUUGCCGUAUCAGAUUUCUCAGCCAGCUCUGUCCCCUCUGCUGUCGAGUAGUGAAACACAGGGACAAGACAAAGAGACGCAGAGGGCGGAUGUACCUUAAGAGCCUCCUCAUCCUCCUCUGUGAAAACGUGGAUUAUCCCUCCUCCUUCAUACCUCUGAUGGUUUUACCUUCAUCCUUAAGUGAAUUAUUGUCUCAGGCACUGGACGCUCCAAACCCAGCAGAGGAACUGGCCACAGCUUGGAUUCUUUGAACUUUAGAGCGAUAACUCCAAGUUUGUUCUCAGCAAAAUAUCAGUAUCUUCCUGUCGUGUUUUACACUUGAAGCCGUUACCGUGUGGUGAUAUUUUCUCCCGUGGAUUCAGCUUUUUUUGGAGGCUACAAAAGCCUCCGCUGAACUGUGAGUGUGCACGUUGUGUGUCUUUGUGCUGUCGACUCCUUGCUGUCGAGGUUAACACUCCUCUGGAAAGUCCAGGUGAGGUCACGCUGCUUGAUUUGAGGUUUUCAAACCCAAUUGUUUUAGUUUCCCCAGAGAAGCUCGCUCCACCGUGCGGCUGCUGUAAAUCAUCACGGAAUCAUGUGAGCAUCGGCCCUUUGUCCAUUUCUUAACAACUCAUGCACUUUUCAUUAAGUCUGUUCAUCUGAUUCACCAGCAGUGUCUCCGUGCUGAGAGGACACACAAGAGUGGUUCAUGCUGUAGUAGGGAAAGUCCUGUGUUUACCCAGGAAACCCACAAGAGGAUGCUAGAUGAUACACUGGUCACUGGCUCUCAUUAUCCUGUGAUAGACAAUAUUAUUAUUAUCAAUAGGAAUAAAACUUGAGCACAGUUAGGAUGUAAAGCACAUAAUUUAUCUACCUCAGAUUCGUAAAGUCUGUUAUUCUCUGCUCACAAAGAAGAGUUUAAAACCACAACCUUCACUCAGGAGUAAGAAUCUGUAUUUAAAUGAAAAGUAAGAACAAUGUGACAUUAUCAAUAAAGAUAUUGUAUAAUAUUUUUCCAUAUUGCCCAGCCCUAAUUUAUUCCUUAGCAUUUUAAUGGUGAAACCACUAACAAGCUCUGAUAAUCAGAGUUUUUCACUUUGAAGUAUUGAACACCACAUACAAAACAGUAUUUUAAAGGUGAAAUUUUAUAAUAGUUUUCUCUGUAAAAAAAAAAAAAACAAUCUGCCUUAAACCCUUGAGUCUGUAUUCUUACACGUUUCUCAGUAUUUAAUGUUAGAAAUUACGAGAUUCUGCAUUUACAGUCUGAAAAGUGAAUGUAAUUAGGUUUUUGCUGUCACUGAAAGGAUGUUAAACUGUGUGCGUGUGUGUGCGCGCUACAAGAAAAACACAUACUGGCUCAGCCUUCAUGAGAUGUUACUCUAUUUUUUACAAUAAUUCACUUUCAAUGUGCAAACAACAUUUGUAUGAACUUAAAUUCAUAUAGUUAGUAACUGAUUGUUUAAUUUUUUUAAUCAUCAAUCUUAUGUUUAUUUGUUUAAAAUAUGAUUUUGAUGUUAAAAACUGUAGGAAUUAAGGAAUGUCACCUUUUUGCGUUUUAACUAUCAUGCCAUCAGUUCACAGAUCGAAAUCAUGUUAAUAUUUUCAAGCAAAGUUGAGCAACUCAUCUAGAAAUUAAAUUGAAAAGGUGUAAAUCUGCAGUGACUCGUUUAUCUCUCAGGUGCAUUACCCUCUCAAACCACUAGGUGGAGCACUUCUCCUAGAAAUAUGGACAUUCUGGUGUCUUGGACUGUUUUUAUGUUGUUUUGACUUCAUGUCCUGAUCGUCUUUUUAAAAGUUUCAUGUAAUACAGAUGUUCAAUACAGAUGAAACGUUGACUCAGGCCUGAACAACUUCAACUUGAUGUGAUCAUUUCUGUUUGAUUUUAACUGUGACACUGUAACUGAAUCAAACCUGUUGAAGUCCAUUAAAAUCAGAUAAGACCCCAUCUGUCCAACCCGAUUGA